AUGGCCAACAAGUUCGUCACCGCCCACGUCGGGGCUAAAAAAGCGGAGGCUAGGGUAAACGAUAUAUUUGCCGUUAGGCAAUCGCCUGACGAGGGACUCAGGGACUUCCUCGCCCGGUUUAAUAGGGUGAGAAUGAGCCUACCUAAUGUAUCAGAAGGGAUGGCGGUAGCAUCUUUCCAGAACGGGUUGAACAGGAACGGGUCGAGAGCAACCAGAAAGUUAUUAAGCAGGCUCAUAAAAUACCCUCCCACCACUUGGGAAGAAAUCCACAAUCCCUAUUGUGCCAAGGUGAGAGCCGACGAGGACGGCCUUAACGGUCCGACCCAAUGGUUGACAUCAGUUCAAACGGAGUCGAGAAAAGAUCGUCGCAACGACGGUCGAAGAGAUCAGUCAGGCCCCCGUCUCAACCGAGAAAGACACCAACCCUAUGUCAGAACAACCAUCCCACCGUCUCCUCGACUUGCGGAAGGGCCGCCCAGGCCACAUACAGGGACUCAGCGAAACAAAAGAGUGUACGCACUAGAGAAGCUUAGCACAAAGGUGAUGUGGCCACAAAAGAUGAAGUCCGACAUGAGUACCCGAAAGUCGAACGUCCUCUGUCAAUUUCACCAGGAGCGGGGUCAUAAAACCGAGGACUGCAUAGCUCUACGGCAAGAGGUAGUAAACAUGCUGAACCAAGGGCACCUGAGGGAGCUGAUGAGCGACCAUGGACAAGCCAACUUCGGCCGCAGACGCGAACAACACCAGGGCCCUCCAAAGCCACCAUCCCCUGCCCGGACCAUCCAAAUGAUCAUCAGCGGAGGUGAUGAAGCAGCGAUCAACCAUGUGAAAUAUGCCAGGUAUCCCGAAAGACAUUGCCACACGCAAGUCGAACGUCGACCCGCUCUACCCACCAGUGCGGCAAAUAAGAAGAAAAUUCAACGUCGCAAUGAACGAGGCCGUCAGUGA